AUGCGCUCACGACCGCUCAACACGCAAGCGAGUUACUUGCCUUCCAAGAAGUCUCAAAGAGUAAGCGAAGAGCGAAUAGCUAGGAUAAACGAAUUGUAUGAGAACAUUAAAAGAGACCAUCGGGAUUCUGUUGUUUCAAAUAAUUCCACUUCGGUUGGUUCGCAAGAAGCUGGCGUGGACGACUGCAUACCAAUAAAUAACCUGGAGCUCAGGCUGCCGAAAGUGAAUCACAUCGAUCAACCUAACGUCAAGAGAGAGAAUGAAACGAUAAGUCCAUUUCAGACUGAACAAACGUCUACUCCGUCGGUUUCAAGGCAUAUCGCAAAAGAAUUUCGAGCAAGCGAAUCGCACGUUGAGUCGAGCUACGAACGCGAUGAUGAUGACGAUGACGAUGACCUUGAAGCUGAGCUGAGAUUCACGCCUAAGCUUAAAUCUCGCAGGAGUCUCCUAACCAUGAGGCGGCUUUCAAGCUCUGUCGGGGAUAGAACAAAUGAAAGUUUCGAAAGCGUUGCCAGACCAAUGCAUUCUGGUGGAAGGAUACGAAGAGCAGGCAGAAUAUCAUCGCUGCGCAAAACCUUGGGAGAGCCUCUGCCACUGCCGUACGUGAGCAAGGACAAUUCAGCGGAUCUUACUCGAAGCUCGAAUGAUCCAUCUCUGGCAAAGAAGUCCCUCGAGAGCAGAAGACGAUUGAUGGAGGGGAAAUGGAGAACUCUGAUUGCGCGAGAUAAGGAGCUUAUCGAAAAGCGAUUCGCAAACUUGCGGCAGGAGACUUCAUCUGAUAACAAGGCAAUUCCUGCUAAUGACUCACUACCUUCCAUCUCAACUACUCCCGAGCGGCAGCAAGAAGGUGGCAUAUUGGAAUUAAGCAAGGAAAUCCAGCGCAACGGAGAAAAGCUGGACGAUAUAAUCAAACUAUUAUCCCAGCGACCGGCUGCUGACACCGUUCCGGCAAGUCCUAAUAGUGUUUCACGAGAAACCUUGUUCUGGACAAUCUGUAUUAUUGUACUAAUUCUUUGCAAUAUCUACGUGUAUCAUUACUUUUGA